CCCAAUCAGCGGUUCAGUGCCGCCUGCCGGUGCCGGGGACUGGUGGUGGAGAGCAGGCUGCAGCAGCGCGUCAGGACCGGACCGUGAACCCGGAGACGGUGCACACCGAGGCGAAGGGACGCACAGGAUGGAGCGGAUGUCCGAGGAGGCGCUGAGGCUCAACCUGCUGAAGCGAGGCCUGGAGUCGCCCAGCGAGCGGGAGGAGGCGCUGGCCAAGCGGCUAAAGAUGGAGGGCCACGAGGCCAUGGAGCGCCUCAAGAUGCUGGCGCUGCUCAAGCGCAAAGACCUGGCCGACCUGGCCGCCCUGGAGGUGGCGGGGGGCCUGGGGGACGGGAAGGGCCCCGGGGCCAGCAGCCUGCACCACCAGAGCCUGAUGGGCGCCGCGUACGAGGAGAAGAUGAACGGCAGCCUGAGGCUGGCCGGCCACGGCGGACACGUGGGACCCAGCAAGAACGGCAAGGAGAACAUCCUGGACGAGCCCGUGGACAUGAGCGCCGGCAGGAGGUGCGAUUCGGACCGCAGCAGACGGACUCCGUCCCCAGACGUCAUCAUCCUGUCGGACAACGAGGCGUCCAGCCCCAGGACGACGCCCCGGCCCGACGAGCGCCUGCACCACGCCAACCUGGACAUGUUCAAGGGGAAGACGGGCGAGGAGCGGCAGCAGAUGAUCAAGGCCCUGAGGGAGGAGCUGCGUCUGGAGGAGGCCCGGCUGGUUCUCCUCAAGAAGCUGCGGCAGAGCCAGAUGCAGAAGGAGAACGUGGUGCAGAAGGUCCCCGUGGUGCAGAAUGCGUCCUCCUCUGUCCAGCCUCCUCCCAUCCACAGCUCUCCGGGUCUCGGGAAGCUUCCUGUGAGACCAGGCCUCCAUAACCCUGAGCCCCAGAACCUCCGCACUGCACAGGGACACACGGUCAUCCGGUCAGCGGCCAACGCCAGCAUGCCCCCCAUGCUGAUGUCCCAGAGAGUCAUCGCCCCCAACCCCGCCCAGCUGGGACAGAGGGUGUCCUCCAAACCCGGAAUGUCUCGCUCCGGCUCCAACAGCAUGGCCAACGCUGUCAGCUACCAGCAGGCCAGCCAGCAGGUGGCGGCGUCGCAGCGCUCUGGCUCCAGUGCCAUGUACAUGAACCUGGCACACAUGCAGGCGGCGGCGGCGGCGGGGGCCGGCGGAGUGGGCGGCGGCCUGGGCGGGGCCUCGGCCGUCAGCCCCUCGGGCCUGUCCGGCUCCGGCGGCGCCGGCGGAGGGGUGGGCUCCAUGGCGGACCAGGCCAGCAGCCAGGCCGCCGCCAAGCUGGCCCUGAGAAAGCAGCUGGAGAAGACCCUGCUGGAGAUCCCGCCGCCCAAACCCCCCGCCCCGCUGCUGCACUUCCUGCCCUCCGCCGCCAACAGCGAGUUCAUCUACAUGGUGGGGCUGGAGGAGGUGGUGCAGAGCGUGCUGGACAGCCAGGGGAAGCUCAGAGGCACGCUGGCCCGGAUGGAGCCCUUCUUCUGCGCCCAGUGCAGAACCGACUUCACCCCCCACUGGAAGCAGGAGAAGAGCGGCCGGAUCCUGUGCGAGCAGUGUAUGACGUCCAAUCAGAAGAAGGCUCUGAAGGCCGAGCACACCAACCGGCUGAAGAACGCCUUCGUCAAGGCUCUGCAGCAGGAGCAGGAGAUCGAACAGAGGCUCCAGCAGCAGGCGGCGCUCUCUCCAAGCCCCGCCUCCACCGGCUCCAACACAUCCAAGACUGACUCAAUGAUCCGGCACCACGCUCUGCGCCAGGCUCCCCAGCCUCAGGCCUCCAUGCAGCGAGGGCUGUCCAACUCCGCCCGCGGCGUCCUGUCCAACUUCGCCCAGGCCUCCCAGCUGUCGGUGGCCAGCAGCCUCAUGGGGAUGACCAGCGCUAAGCACUGCGGCGGCGGCGGCGGCGGCAGCGGCAACAGGCUGCAGCACGACAGCCGCCGGCAGAUCUACAACAUCCCAGGGCUGAACAUUGCCUACCUGAACCCGGCGGCGGUGGGCGCUCAUAAGAGCUCCAGCCUGGCGGACCGCCAGAGAGAGUACCUGUUGGACAUGAUCCCUCCUCGAUCCAUAUCCCAGUCCAUCUCUGGACAGAAAUGAGCCCCCCCCCCCCCCUCCCCCAUCAGCCCCCCUCCCCCCAUGGUGAAGCACUCCCUCAUGGCCCCUCUCGCAUGCAGUGCCUGUCCGUGUGCCUACCUGCCCCCCCUCGCCCUCCCCCCCCCCGGAGACACUCAGUCUGUGGGUCUGUAGUGAACUGUGUCCAUAUCCGACCUGCGCUUCAGUUAUUCUCUUUAGUUUCCUGAGUGUGACCCCCCCCCCCCCCCCCCCCAUACCCCCCAUACCCCCUCCGGCUCCGACGGGACUCGUGCUCGCCGCCACGUGCCAGCAGGGCGCGCUCUGGUUGCUAUGCAACGUGAAGCCUGAGAACUGGGAAGCUUUGAGAAGUAAGUGGGAGGAGGAGGAGCGAGGCGGGCCGCCCGCAGUAUUACCCCCCCCCCCGCCGCAUUGCCCCCCCCCUGCCCCCCACCGCCCCCCGCCCGCUGCUUCUUCAGUAUGCACAGACUGAACCUUUCUAUCCAGCGGCUCCACGUUGUGCGUCCGAGCCGGAAUCUGCACCGUCAACCCCCCCCCCCCCCCCCUUUUUAUAUUGAUUGUUCUCCGACCCCCCCCCCCUCCCGGUUCUCCUCGGUUCUCCUUGGUUGGGGUUUUCUUUCUUUGCGGCGUCUCCUGCUGAUGGCGGCGUACCUGAGAGGUACCGGCCCGGGAGACGAUAAUAAUCAGUGUAGAGGGUUCUGUAUCGACGCUGGCUUCAGAGAACCCGCUGUGGACCGGACCGCCGACGGCAGAGACACGAUCAAUCACGGCGGUGCACGUUCUGCGCACGUCGCCUCACUCCAGAGGAGCACUUUCAUGUUUCCAAUUGGAAAUUUUGUUUUAUAAAAAGAAAAAAAAAGAAGAAGAAAGGGUGAAAGAGCGCGAGGCCGGAGCCGGGUCUGGAGAGCGUCGGCGCAGAACCGCCGGUUCCCUCUGCCGUCUGUAAAACCCCCAUCUUCUUGUCGUAGUUCCGUUGGACCGAGCGCUCUGGACCCUCCAGAGUCCCCCUAACGUGUCGAGCACUUGUGGACUUUAUGGUUCUGAAACCCGGGAAGACGCCGUGUUUCCUCUGAGAAACACGCUAAAUCGAAGCCCACGUUCCUGACGAAGGUUCUCCAGACGUCCAGACCCGGACCUCCGUCCUCCAAAACUACCUAGAGCCAGACCCAGCGAAUCUCGUGGCAUCCAACAUUGAAAUUGAGCUGAAAUUGGGUGUAAAUUGUGAAUACCCGGGUGGUUUUUUACUGCCUUUUACAAUCUAAUUUAGCAAUAUUUGUCUUUAGUUCUGCAGCCGAGCUGAAUUCUGAAUGAAAAAAGAUCUCCUGUCUCUUUUCCACAGCCUGCGUCUCUGAUUCUGUUCAAGCAUUUUUAGAUUUCAAACGUCUCGACUGAGUUUUUUCUUUCUAUGGCAGUUUUAAAAAAACAUCAAUAAAUGUAUUGACUAUGAGAUAAAUGACAAUAUUUGCUAGGUUUGAAGUAAUAAUGACUUAUUGUACAGAAGCAUUUUUCCUCCCUUGUACUGAAAAAAGGAAUUAAAUGGUUGUACAUUGUGUAGAAAAGCAAACAAAAAGCCAUGAAUAUUGUGAAGCUUGUCAUUUCGUUUUGUGAUCACUGUGUAUGAUUAUUGUGUAACUAAUGUGCAAAAUGUUUGGGAUUCUUUUUCUAGGUCCUCUGAACGGAGGACGGACUCGCUUUGAGUUGACAGAGGAGGGCUCACUGCUUCACACACACACACACACACACACACACACACACACACACACACACACACACACACACACACACACACACACACACACACACACACACACACGGGAAUCCGUUGAACUUUUAAUUUGUUGAUAACAUGCAGAAUGUGGCCUUAUUUUAAUUUGAAACUUGGAUCACCGACUUGAUGUGAUUUCUUCAUUCUAGUACUGGAGGGAUGGUUCUGAUGGUUCUGAUGCAUUGAGGCGUGUUCAGGUGUAUGUGUGUGUGUGUGUGUGUGUGUGCGCCCCCCCCCCCUCCGGAGCAGUGGCCCCCCCUCCUGGUGAACACCAGCACACAACCUGUUGGCUCCUUCAGCUCCUCUCCUCAGUCGCUGCUCAUGCAGGAGGUUUAAGAAUCAGUUUCAUCGAGUUUCAAUUCACUUGUAGAAAGUUUCUUUUGUUUAUUUUUUUCUUGUUGCAAAGUGUAGACAAUGUUGACAGAAACAGAAAAAAGGUGAUGAAAUCAAGCCGAGACGAGUCGAAGUCAUUUUUCUUUUGCUGACAUCAAUCCUGACCUUUUGCACAUACUUGAUAUUUAACGGUCUUCAAAAAAAAGUAAAGAAAAUACUGUCGUUUGAAUACUGCCAGUUGAUUGACAAUUAUGCAUUGAUUGAAAAAAUAAGCUAAUUUUGGAGGAAAUAACUUUGUAAUAUUUAUCUCUUGCAAGCUAUGUUUAAUAAAGGUUGAAACAAU